ACUAGUUAAAAUUCUCUCAAAAGAAUAAAUAAAUAAAGUAUGAUCCUUGAAAAGCCUCGUCAUCACGGCAAACAUGAAAGGCAGGCACUCCCUUGGGCAGUAAGGCUGGUCGUCUCAAUGGUCUCCACCGUCGUCGACAAUGCCUGCCGUCCUAAUGGCACUGUCAACCGUCGUCUCAUCCACUUCCUCGACUACCAGACCCCUCCCAUUUCUACCACCUCCGUCUCCUCCACCGACAUCUCCAUCGACGCCACACGUAACCUCUGGAUUCGCCUUUACUCUCCCUCCAACAACCAACUCCUCCCUGUUCUUAUUUUCUUCCAUGGAGGCGGAUUCAGCUUCCUAAGCCCCGCCUCCCUCGCCUUCGACAUGGUUUGCCGUAACUUCGCCACCAACCUCCCCGCUAUCGGUAUCUCUGUCAACUAUCGUCUAGCUCCUGAACACCGUUACCCUUCACAAUGCCAUGACGGGUUCGACGCUCUCAACUUCAUUGACGAGAACUGGGCCACAGUCUUACCCAAAAACGCCGACUCAGCCCGCUGCUUCUUCGCCGGCGAUAGCGCAGGUGCCAACCUGGCUCACCACGAGGCAGUCCAGGCAUGCCGAACCAAGCUUCAUACAAUGAAGAUGAUUGGACUGAUUUCAAUACAACCAUUUUUUGGCGGAGAAGAGAGAAGCCAGUCGGAGAUGCAGCUAGUAGGGUCCGGCCUAUUGGUGUCUGUCCCUUUAACGGAUUGGUGUUGGAACGCAUAUUUGCCAUUGGGGUCGAACCGAGACCAUGAAGCGGCGAAUGUGAGCGGUCCCAACGCAGAUGACAUAUCAGGGUUAGAUUUUCCGGCGACGAUGGUGGUGGUGGGGGGAUUUGAUCCUUUGAAAGAUUGGCAAAGAAGGUAUUAUGAAUGGCUAUUGAAAUCUGGCAAAGAGGCGAGGUUGAUCGAGUAUCAUAACAUGAUCCAUGCGUUUUAUACUUUCCCACUUUUGCCCGACUUCCCACUUGGUUGUGCAAAUCAAGGAGUUCAUUGCCAAGUGUUCAUCCAGAGUUCCAAACCUCAAAUCUGAAACCUACAUGUCUCAACUUCAACUUUCACCUCGCAAGCUCAACUUAAUCCAUUUACCAAUUUUAUGUUGGAUUUUCUCCUUUAUAUUUAUUUGUGUAUUUUCUUUUUGGGUAAAUAUGCUUUU